CUUCAUGAAAAUAAUAAAAUGUCCAAAGCUCGAACAAGUUUGAGUCACAACCGUGGAAAUCGGCCCACAUCGUCGUCCCCAUAAAGUAUAAGAGCUCAUUAAGAGCAAUUUGGUCCCGUUCUUCAAUACUAAUAUUGGGAACGUACCAAAACGCUCCCCAUGGCUCUUCAAUUUUCGCGCUGCCGAUUUCCAAACCAAUUGCGCCAAUUGACGGCGAGGGUCUCCGGCGCCCGGUUUUACUCAGCUCCGGUCAAUGGAAGCAUCCCGGCGGCAAAGAGAAAAUAUGUCCCAACUAACGGUACCUACCCGCAAGGAUUCAAGGUUUCGGGUACGAUAGUUGGUGUGAAGCCCAAGAACACCACUAAACCGGAUCUUGCAUUCAUUACCUCAGAUACGCCAUGUGCUGCAGCUGCUGUAUUCACCAAGAACAAGUUUCAAGCUGCGCCUGUGACAUUCAGUCGGGCAUUGCUUCAGGAGCAGAAGAAUUCAGGACUUCGUGGCGUAUUAAUCAAUUCGGGAUGCGCCAAUGCAGUAACAGGAAAAGGCGGCCUCGAGGAUGCGGAACGAAUGGCUAAGGCAGCUGAUGAGAGUCUUGGUGCUGAAAAGGCGACCAUCGUUAUGAGUACUGGUGUGAUUGGGCAAAGAUUGCCCAUUCAAAAAAUCUUGGAUAAUGUUCCAAAAGCGCAUGAGGGGCUCGGCGACACACACAAGCAUUGGUUGACUUGCGCCACUGCAAUCUGCACAACAGACACUUUCCCCAAAUUGAUCUCAAAAACAUUUAGUCUGCCAUCCUCUCCGUCAAUUGAAUAUCGUAUAGCUGGAACAACCAAGGGAGCUGGCAUGAUCCACCCCAACAUGGCCACCCUUUUGGGUGUCAUUGCUACUGAUGCACCCAUUUCCCCAGCUGUUAUUCCACCUAUUCUUAAGUAUGCUGUAGAUCGAUCUUUCAACAGCAUUACUAUUGACGGGGAUACUUCUACCAACGAUACAGUCGCAUUGCUGGCGAAUGGAGCUGCAGGUGGUCCAGGUGUCACCUCGGAAGAUUCAGCCGAUUUCAUUGCUUUCCGAGACGUCGUAACUGAAUUUGCGACUAACCUCGCUAAGCUCAUUGUCAGAGAUGGUGAAGGUGCCACCAAAUUCGUUACAAUUCGGGUAGCCGAGUCCUCCAGUGAGGAAGGUGCCCGGAAGAUUGCUAGCACUAUCGCACGAUCGCCUCUCGUCAAGACAGCACUUUAUGGUAAGGAUGCUAACUGGGGACGAAUUCUCUGUGCUACGGGGUACUCUUUAAUCAGUGAACCCGGAGAUCCCGUCAAUGAAGUGGCUGAAAUAAUACCCGAGAAGACUAAUGUCUCUUUCGUACCUACCGACGGGAGCCCAGAGCUAAAGCUCCUAGUCAAUGGUGAACCAGAGCUAGUUGAUGAGACUCGAGCCGCGCAGAUUCUCGAACAUGAGGAUCUUGAGAUCCUUGUGAGAUUGGGAACUGGCCAGAAGGAGGCUACUUACUGGACCUGCGAUUACAGCCAUGAGUACAUCACAAUCAAUGGCGACUAUCGCACUUAGUCGCUUGACCUUGACGGUCCGAUGUGGUAUCUGGAUGAUCCAGAUUGGAAGUAAGGAUCAUGAUCGGCAAGUUGAAAUCUGCCUCUAGCUGGAGGGUAGUUGGAUGUGUCACUCUCUUGCUUGGGCUCGGUCAAUGGCUCGGUCAAUGGCUCGUUCCACGAUAGAUUUAUAUAGGUAUCCGCACUGAAUUGAGCGGUGCAACAAACUAGAACCUUGCGGUGACCUAGAAAAAAGAAACUACUAGAUUUACUUAAGAAUGAAGAUAAACUGAAAAGAAAUAAGAAGAUAAACUAUUUAAUUUUCCCUAAGAA